AUGCCAAAACCGAAAGGCGGUGGUGGUCAUCCGGUGACCCGUGACUUAACGGCGACGGAGUUGGAUUAUCUUGCUCAACAAUCGCUGUUUGACUCUCAGAUUCAACAUAUGCGUGCUUCUGUGGAGGAGAUUCGUGCUGCUCAAGACUCACUUCGUGCUCAAAAUGCUGAUAUCCAGAGCAGAAACGCUGAGAUGCAGAGUAGCAACGCUGAGAUGCAGACUCGGUUGCUUGAAGAACUUCAUCAGCUUCGGCUUGCUUCUUCACGACCGGCGACCGAUCCAAAUUCCCCCAACAAUCUUCGUUUUGGCUCUCUACCCAUCUCUGAAGCAGGUACCCAAGGAUUUCUUUCCUCCGAACCUCUUCCUGUAGCUGGCUUGGGAAUAUUAAGCACUAUGUCUGAAGGGGGUCCUUCUGGGUUCUCUCUCCCUAGCACGACAGUUCCUACUUCUUCUGUGUCGGUACCGCCUUCACCAUCCUCCUCACAGGUAGCUUCUGGUGGCAGUCUAAGUCACCAAAGAGGUAAAUCCAUUGCUAGUACCGCUGCUACUACUGAUGUUGUGACUAGAUCUGUUGGUCAUAGUGAAAGGUUAAUGGGUGAUGCUUUUCGAGCUAGAGAUAGGGAAGAACGACAUGAUUACGGUGGCUUUCCUUAUCAAUCUAAUUUUUAUCAGCAUACCGUAGCUCCCAAUCAUUAUACUAACAUACCUGCUUCUAAUUCUCAAUUUAUUCAUGGUAUACCUGUGUCACAUAUGCACUAUGUUCAUGGAACUUCUAUUUUGGGAGGGCCACUACAGCACGGACAGUCUAGCAAUUCUUCAAUGAUACCUCCAUGGCAAUUUCCAUCCAGUAAUCUUAAUUUUCAGGAACAGAUGGCCAGGCCUUCAUUACCAUUUGCAGUGAACCAUUACUUAACAUCACAAUUGUCUACUCAACCCAUACCAGCUCAGGCUUCAUCUACCUAUUCCACCAUUUCAACACCGUACUCUCAUUUUCAACCUCCGCAGUUUUCGCAAGCACAGCAUGCUCACUAUCAGUAUCCUCAAACUCAUCAUGCUAUUCCACAACCACAGUUUCAUUUACAACCUGAGAUGGAUCCAAAUCUUCCGACUAUGCGACAAAUGAGGUUGGAGUUUCAAACUUUUGGUGAUGGUGACCCUCUACAAUGGCUUAAUAAGGCAGAGCAAUACUUCGAGUUGUAUCAAAUUCCAGAGGACAAAAAAGUGUCUAUUGCUGCUAUGCAUCUAACCGAUGAAGCAGCGGAUGUUUGGCAUCUAUUCAAACAUCAAUACCCUGGGAAUUGGUUUGGUUUUGCUGAACUUCUGAUGCGAGAGUUUGGUUCCCAUUCUAGAGCAGAUUAUCAGUCUGCUUUGAUUAGGCUUAACCAAACUGGUUCAGUAAGUGAAUACAAGUCUCAGUUUAACAAAAAUGCAAGAAGAGCUCCGGGAUUUUCAGAUGAUAUAUUGCUUGCCUGUUUCUUAGGGGGACUUAAGGAAGAUAUUCAGGUAGAUGUGAGAGCAAUGCGGCCAACCUCCUUGUACCAAGCCUAUGAGUUAGCGAUGAUUUUUGAAGAAAGACAUGCUGGCCACAGAAAUGCGAGGUCCAAUGUUCAAAGAUCUCAUUUUCCUAGCUACAAUUUACAACAGAGAAAUCCAGUUGCUUCAGGCAGAAACCUUCAAACAUCUUCCCUGCGGCCACCAGUUGCUCAAUCUGCUAAACAUAAUACACAAGCUAGUACUACUUCUGACAGAAAGUGGACUCAAAAUGAUUACCAUGAAAGAAGGGCAAGAGGACUCUGUUUCUUUUGUGAUGAGCCAUAUAAGGGAGGUCAUGUGUGCAAGAGAACACCAGGUCAAGGACAAGGAAGAGCAUUACUGAUUGAAGGUAUUCUGGAAGAUGAAGUUGACGUCCCUCCUCCAUCUGACCUUGUUGAAGGAGACUCUGAUGACGGGGAAACUAAAGGUGAGGAAACUGCCACUCUACACGUAAUUAAUUGCAUGGAAAAUCCUAUGACUAUGCAGCUUAAGGGAAUUUUCGGGAAAAAGGAAGUUCAUGUUCUCAUUGAUGGAGGGGCAACUCAUUCUUUUAUCCACCCUAGCUUGUUACAACAUAGUGAUAUCAAGGUUGAUUAUGGCCGAUCCUUGCAAGUUGUUGUUGCUUGUGGAUUAAAAGUGAAGUCUGCUGGCAAAUUACAAAUUCAACUGCAGCUACAGGAUACUCCAGUGGAUAUAGAAGCAUUUAUCCUUCCUGUUAAUGGUUGUGAAAUUCUUUUGGGAGCUACUUGGUUACGAACCUUGGGAGAUAUAAUUUGGAAUUAUGAGAAAAUGACCAUGAGGUUCAGUUUGUGUGGGAAAUCUCAUUUCUUACAAGGCAUUUUAGCUAGUGAGACUUCUAUGGUGAGUUCUGCUGCUAUGACCAAAUUAUUGAAACAAGAGAAGGAAGCCUUGUGUAUUGAACUGUUAGCUAUAUCUGCUGCUAAUGACCAACCUUUGAAAGAUGUUCAUCCCAAUAUUGUUUCUUUGAUUGACAACUUUGCAACUCUUUUUGAAAAUCCAAUGGGACUACCUCCUCCUCGGUUACAUGACCACAGAAUAGAGUUAGUUCCUGGAGCUGCUCCCGUUAGUGUGAGACCUUACAGAUUUCCACAAUUUCAAAAAAAUGAAGUAGAAAAAAUAUGUACAGAACUUUUGGCAGGGAGACAGAUACAACCAAGCACCAGUCCUUUCUCUUCUCCCGUUAUUUUGGUAAAAAAGAAAGAUGGCAGCAAGAGGAUGUGUGUUGAUUAUAGGUCCCUCAAUGCAGUAACAGUCAAAGAUAAGUUCCCCAUACCAAUUGUGGAUGAGCUAUUAGAUGAGUUGCAUGGUUCUGUUUACUUCACUAAGCUGGAUUUGAGGUCAGGUUACCAUCAGAUUCGUAUGCAUGAGGCUGAUGUCCACAAGACGGCUUUUCGCACUCACCAGGGCCACUAUGAAUUUCUUGUAAUGCCAUUUGGUCUCACGAAUGCCCCUUCUACCUUCCAGUCAUUGAUGAACGAUAUAUUCAAAGAUCACUUACGGAAAUUUGUCUUGGUGUUUUUUGAUGACAUUCUUAUUUACAGCAAGUCUCUUGAAGAACAUCUACAACAUUUAGCGGUUGUUUUUUCAAAAUUGGAGGAACAUCAGUUAAAGGUAAAGAUGAGCAAAUGCACCUUUGGAGCCAAGAGUGUGGAAUACCUUGGCCAUGUCAUUUCAGAGAAAGGGGUGGCAGUGGAUCCAGAAAAAAUAGAAGCAAUCAAGAACUGGAAAAAGCCUAUGUCACUUAAGGGGUUAAGGGGUUUCUUAGGCAUGGCAGGAUAUUACAGGAAAUACGUCAAGAAUUUUGGAAUCAUUGCUAAAGCCCUUACAAACAUGCUCAAGAAGGAUAACUUUGUUUGGACACUUGAGGCUGAAACGGCUUUUGAAGAGUUAAAAGCUGCUUUGUGUUCGACUCCAGUUUUAGCUUUACCUGAUUUUACAAAAAAAUUUGAUGUUGAGUGUGAUGCUUCCGGUCUUGGAAUUGGCGCAGUUUUGUCUCAAGAGGGCCAUCCCAUUGCAUACCUUAGUAAAGCUCUGGCUCCCAAGCAUCUAGCAUUGAGUGUUUAUGAUAAAGAAAUGCUCGCAGUGGUGUUUGCAGUUGAACAUUGGCGGCCUUACUUACUGGGACACCCAUUUAGAAUCAUUACUGACCACAGAACGAUUCAGUACUUUUUAAAUCAGAGAAUCACUACCCCUGCUCAACAAAAAUGGUUGUUAAAGUUACUUGGCUAUGAUUAUACCAUUGUGUACAAGUCUGGUAAUACCAACAUUGUACCUGAUGCUUUAUCUCGGCAAGGUGAGUUGAAUUCCUUAAUGGGGGUCUCUAGCCCUGUGUUUGAAUUUAUAAAUGACAUAUCCAUCUUGUGUCACACUCAUGUUGAAACUCAACGGCUGAUGGAAGGCAUUGAGCAGGGCACUAUCACUUCCAAGAACUUUACCUCGUCUAAUGGCCAGCUGCUUUAUAAAAAGAGAAUAUUUGUUCCUGAUGCAGACGAUUGGAGAUUGAAAAUUAUUAAGGAAUUGCAUUGUGGUAAGGGUGGCGGGCAUUCAGGUUGGUUAAGAACUUACAAAAGGAUUUCGAGGAGUUUUCUGUGGCCUGGAAUUAAAAAACAGGUGAAGACUUUUGUUUCAGAAUGUCUUAUUUGUCAACAGGUUCACUAUGAGACUAUAUCACCUCCGGGUUUACUUCAACCAAAUCCAAUUCCAGCUGGAUUAUGGACUGAUAUUUCAAUGGACUUCAUUGAUGGCCUUCCUCAAAGUGCAGGUAAAACUUCUAUUUUAGUAGUUGUUGAUAGGCUGACUAAGUAUGCUCAUUUCAUUGCUCUUAAGCACCCUUACACUGCUCGAAGUGUGGCUGAACUGUUCGUUCAGGAAAUUUUUAGGCUUCAUGGGAUGCCUGAGAGCAUUAUCAGUGAUAGGGAUCCCAUAUUUCUCAGUGCAUUUUGGAAAAAUUUCUUUGAAUUACAAGGGUCAAAGCUGUGUAUGAGUACCGCAUACCAUCCGCAGACUGAUGGUCAAACGGAAUGCUUAAAUAGAGUUCUGGAACAGUAUCUAAGAUGUGUGAUUUUGGAAGAGCAAGGUCACUGGACAGAUAUUUUGCCUUGGGCCGAGUGGUGGUACAAUACCACUUAUCACUCAACUAUUAAGAUGUCUCCUUAUCAAGCUCUUUAUGGAAUUCCUCCUCCUCAAGUGAGAAAAUAUGUCCCUGGUAGUACUGCUGUUCAUCAAGUGGAUCUAGUACUGAGGAACAGAGAUGAAUUACUGAGCAAGCUCAAGUGUAACAUGGAACAAGCUCAGGCCAGAAUGAAGGUUUACUAUGACAAACAUCACACUGAAAGAGAGUUUGACAUUGGUGAUUGGGUAUUCCUCAAAUUGCAGCCAUACAGACAAAAGUCAGUGCAGGUCAGGAAAUCCCACAAAUUGUCUCCAAAAUACUUUGGUCCUUAUCAGGUGAUAGAAAAGAUUGGUAAAGUGGCAUACAAGUUAGAGCUUCCCGCUUCUGCAAGGGUGCACCCAGUGUUUCAUGUAUCUCUUCUAAAGAAGAAACUUGGAAGCUCAGUAGUUCCUUCUCCAACCUUACCUCCUAGUUUUGAUUCCAACAAGAGCAAUUGGGUUCCUGCUAAGGUGCUUCAGCGAGCUUUAUUCAAGAAGGGUAACAAACCUGAGGUGAGAUGGUUGAUUCAAUGGAAGAAUGGUUCAGAGGACGAUGCCACGUGGGAAUGUGCAGAAGAAUUUCAGAAGCGUUUUCCAGAUUUUAAGGGGUAA